UCUUCACUAUACACCCAUACAUUGAGUGGCAUUCUUACUAAUCUAUCAUUCCCUUGGAUAGUUGUUAAGAGUAUCCCAUAUCUAAAUGCAUACCAAAAACAAUCAGAGCAUAUAAAAUAAAUUGAAAUGCAUAUUAAUUGAUCUAUAAACACCAGUAUCUCCCUUAGUUUUGGGAAAAAGAAAAGCAUGAGAGUAGAAAAGGUAAAAAGGUAAAAUGUGCAUAAUGAUGGUGGAUGUGGAAGUGUAGUGUAAUAAUGACAAGUAGGCGAAGGUUGCGCAUCCUCCUGCCAUGAAAAUAUAUUUUUUCGACUAUCCUUCCUCCUCCUUGGUCUGUGUUAAUGUUAAUAGUAGUAAUAUAUGUUUACUAGUAACAAAAAGCCAGCCAUAUAUAUAUAUAUAUAUAACUGCUUCCUCACAUCUCUCUUCCCUUUUUCAUUUCUGGGUUACCGCUCUUUUUCCCAAUACCAGAGAUUGAAGAAAAAUCUGAGAACCUCAAAUCUUCGUAUAUUAAAGCUCAAAUAGGCGUAGAUCGGAAGGAUCCAGGUUGUAAAUGGGCGCUUCUCAGUCCGUAGAGGUACCUUCUUCUGAAGAUGAUGAUGACCAAGAAGAGGAAGAAGGAGAAGAUGCGGAGCACGAACACGGCACCCCACCAGAAGAAGAUGCGAGAAGCCGAUUAGUUGUUGGUGACGACACUGCUCUGCUCAAGAAGGUUCUGGAACAAGAGCCCGAGAUGUUGCCUUGCCACGCCUCUGCAUCCCCUCUCUCCCCUCAGCUCUCCUCUUUCGGCACCCCUCGUCUCGGACCUUCUAUCAAGGUCUGGGACCCUUAUAAUGUCCUCGCUCCACCACCCUCACUUCCUCAUUUCCACCGCACCUUCUCCUCUGAUUCCGUCGACGACGAUAGGACCCUUACCGAUCUCUAUUUGAUUAGUAAUGGAGAGUGUCAUAUGAAUUUAAGGCCUGAUUUGAUUGCCGGACGCUCUCCCGAGGCUGCACUUACCCCUAAUGGAAAGCGACAAGCUAGAGCUUUGGCUGUUUUUCUCAAGUCCCAAGGGAUUCGUUUCAAUUCCGUCUAUACAUCUCCCCUGGAUCGGGCACGAGCUACUGCCCUCUCUGUUUGCCAGGAAAUAAACUUUUCAGAGGAACGGAUACAAUCCUCUGAUGCUCUACUGGAAAUGAGUCAGGGGCAUUGGGAGGGAUGCCACCGCUCGGAUAUUUUUACACCUGAAACAACUAGCCUAAUGGAAAAGUUCCAGCCUGAUUUUUCAGCACCAUCUGGCGAGUCACUGAGGCAGGUGGAAUUUCGGAUGGUACAAUUCCUAAAUGGAACUGUUAUGGCAUUGCCUGAAAAAUUCCGAUCCGAUUUCUCUCCACCUGAUCACAGUGAAAACCAGGGCUUCUCAAACCGUAGUUCUCAUGCACUUGUCAAUUCAGUUCAUGACCGAGAGGGGCCUCCCUCUUUCUCGUCCUCCCACUGGGAUUUGCACCACAGGAACCGACAGGGACUUUCGAGGAAGAAGUCUGGAAAGAGCAGGCUUCAGAUCGUGACAAAUACUGGGGAUCAUGAGGCUGAUGAUGAAAUGUCACCUCGAGAACCCAUUAAUCCCAACUCCAUCCGGGAUUUAAAUUUGCAAAUCACUACUAAUGUUUCUCAAUGCAUUGGUAUUUUUACGCAUUCAAUCCCAAUUAAGUGUCUUCUUACUGGCCUCCUUGGCUGCGGUGCAAUUAUGUCGAGUAAGAUAUGCAUAGAUGAUUCUUCGGUUACAGUGCUACAACAUUCCUGGAGAAUGGGAUGGCAGAUCAAGAGAAUGAACGAUACUGCACAUCUUAGGCUUCUCUAGUAAAUUAUUCCAUUCGACAGCUGAGAUAAUUUGAAGUAUUUUGGCUCAAUUAGGGAAUUUUUCAAAGCAUUCACAGGAUGUGUAUUUUACCAUCGGAGUCAGAUUACAGGGUGUGAUACUUUUGAUGAUUCCUAUUUUAUUUUUUUUUAGCAAAAUUAAUUCCCACUUGUACAACUGCAUGCUGAUACGGAAUUCGAGAUGGAGUUGGAAUCAUAAUUGUUUCAAUUUGUAGCAUUUUAAAUUCUUGAUACUGUAGGUCCUACAUUUCUGGUGUGGUUUUAUUUAUUUAUACAAUAAGCUGCUGAGGAAAUCAUUGGUCA